CUUAGGGUGACAUGAGCAGCAGAAAUAAGCCACACAGGAAGAAGCCCCUCCUCAGCUAUGCUUCAGUUCAGUGUUCAGACAGUCAACAUGGAGGUCGGCGGCCUCCGCAUCAAACUCUUGGUCCACAUCUUAUUCCUGCUGUGUGCACGUGUUCAGGACGUUGAUUCACUGAUUCUCCGUCCUGAACCAAACAUACUGCAGUUCUUUGAAUAUGAGUCUCUGACCUUUCAUUGUGAGGGCUCUUACGGAUCGACUGGACUGAAAAUUGUACAUCGGUCCAAAGGGGAAUUACAGACAUGUGAAACUCCAGUGACAUCAACAAGGUCAUCCUGCACAAUGAAAACUCUUUAUUUAGAUGACAAUGGACAAUACUGGUGUGAGUCUGGAGAUAGGAAGACAAGCGACAUCAUCUAUGUCACUGUUACUGCUGGUCCUGUGAUCCUGGAGAGUCCCAUCAGUGUGGUGGAGGGAGAGGAUGUGACUCUGCGCUGCAGAAACAAGACGACCUCACCCAACCCAGCUGAUUUCUACAAAGAUGGACGCCUUAUCAGAAGAAGCUUUACAGAAAACAUGACAAUCCCUGGUGUUACCAAACGUGAUGAAGGACUCUACAAGUGUACCAUCUCUGGAGGAGGAGAAUCAGCUGAGAGUCGGAUGGCUGUUGAAGAGUCACACCAGGAGAUUCAUACGUCCUCAGAUCUUCUGUUCAUCAUCUUCAGAAACCUUCUCCCUGUAGUGAUGAUGGCUGCGCUGCUGUUGCUGCUGAGAUGGCUUCACUGUCUCAGAGGUAAUCCAACAGGUAGACAAUGGCACCUUGUGUGCUCUCAAACCGAGAUGGAGAUGCCAAAAUAAAAGAUAGGACAGGCUGAACAAUUAAACAGACAUUUUCUUGUUUGGUUGCCAGAAAUGGAGAACAUCCCAUAAUGCUUCAUUCAGCUGCUUUCUUUCAUGUGUUACAUCACCUUGUUAAUUAUAUGUAAUGAUGAUCCACUUAUAUUCAGUGCAUGUUGUGCAAACCAAUGAAAACAGUGUACAUUUCUAAACAGCUAAAAGAAUCCAAUCAUUAGAAUUUUUUUUAAAUGAGCAGAUGAAAGAU